GGUUUUAAGUUCACAAUUUACCGUCAGAUGGGGACAUGGUUGGCUUCAACCGACUAUAGCAAAAUUGCAUUUUUUACUGUAAGCACAGGUGAUCCACGGUAUAAGUUUGUGUCAAUAUUUAAUUUAUAAUCUCAUAGUAAUUACUCGAUUACUUUAUAACACGUGAAAGAUGUUGAUUAAAGUGAAGACUCUCACGGGGAAAGAGAUCGAAAUAGAUAUAGAACCCACAGAUAAAGUAGAAAGGAUCAAGGAAAGGGUGGAAGAGAAGGAAGGUAUACCUCCGCAACAGCAACGAUUAAUAUUCUCUGGAAAGCAAAUGAGCGACGACAAAACGGCGCAAGACUAUAAAGUUCAAGGUGGAUCGGUAUUGCAUUUGGUACUCGCAUUGAGGGGAGGCUUACAAUAACGACAUUCCUCAGUUUGAUACGCUGACACGAACGUUAAAAAAAAAUGUACAAGAUCAGCCACGAAAAUAUUCAGAUAUUUUCCAACGUUACUACAUGCGCGCUGUGCUUGCAAGGACUCAACGAUCAUCUUUGUUUCUCAAUAUGAUUGAAGAACGGUUACAUCUAGAAUUGAAAUAAAUAUUUAAUAAAAUAAUUCAUCCGUAGAGCCUUAGUGUUUCUCAGUUUCGAUGAUACGAUACUCUCGACAGGAUCCGUUUGCGCUACGAAUGCGUAUCGUUCUUUUUUGGUCUAUCGGUAAUACGAAACUUUUGAAAGCCGGUACAGAAACGAGACCCGAUCCGAAAACAAUUCGCUAUUUAUAAUCUGCAAUUCACAAUUUCCAACUCACGAUCGAACGGAAGAUCGACCUGUCAUUGUGCUCGUUCAGUUCCUAUGAUAUUUGCUAUUAUGAGUGGCCAAACUCCACUUUGUUUUAAAAAAUCGCUCGCAGAUGUUGCAGUACGCGGUAGAAGGUCGUGUUUCUUCGUGUUUCGAUGUUAUGUGCCGUAGAAGAGCGUGCUGCGUCGUAAACGAAAUACCGCAUUUAUCGCAGAAUGAUCCUGGCGAAUGCAAACUCCAUGCCGGUGUCCUUGCGUGUAACUCUAUAAAUUCAUUUCUUCUUAUAACUAACACUAUAUAACGAACAACAUAGUUUUUGUUUUGUUUUGUUUUGUUUAUUUAUUUCUUAUUCGAAUUUUGACCCGUUCAAUGCUUCGAUCGUGUCUUUUUUCAAAAUUACUCUACGAUCGUUCAUCGUUCACGUAAAAUAAUCAAUAGCCAUUUAAGUGCAUUACUACCAUUCACCUAUCGAUGCAAGAUUGUAACUCGAACGAAGGAGGAAAACAUUAAAAUGUUGAAGCAAACGA